AUGUUUGUUUUGUUCUGUUUGUGCUGGUGGUGCUUGAUUGGUGCGUUUGCUGUUGAUAUGAAGUCAGUGAUGGAGGGAGAAUCUGUCCUUUUACACCCUGAUGUUACUGAAAUACAUGAGGACGAUGACAUACUGUGGACAUUUGGAAAGGAAGACUCUCUCAUAGCUAAAAUCAAUAGAGAAAAACUAAUUUUCUCCACAUUUGAUGUUCAUGAUGGGAGAUUUAGAAACAGACUGAAGCUAGAUGAUAUGACUGGAUCUCUGACCAUCAUGAACAUCACAACUCAACAUGCUGGACUUUAUCAACUAAAUGUAUUUGGAGCUGAACAUUCAUCAAAAGUAUUCAGUGUUACUGUCUAUGCUCGUCUGCCUGUUCCUGUCAUUAGCAGUAACUCUUCAAACUGUUCUUCAUCAUCAUCAUCACAGCAGAAUUGUUCAUUGGUGUGUUCAGUGGUGAAUGUGGGUCAUGUGACUCUCUCCUGGUACAAAGGAAACAGUUUAUUGUCCAGCAUCAGUGUGUCUGAUCUCAGCAUCAGUCUCUCUCUACCUCUGGAGCUGGAAUAUCAGGAUAAAAACACCUACAGCUGUGUGCUCAGCUAUUCAUUCACUAACCAGACCAGACAUCUCAACAUUAGUCAACUCUGUUGGCCAUGUUAUGUCAGUGCUGAUAUACUAGAUCAGAGUCUGCCUUCAUUGAACAUGAUGCUGAUUUCUGCUGCUGCUGGAUCUCUAUUGAUUGUAGCUGCAGCCGUGACAUACCUCAUCUGCAAGAAAUGUAAAAAAACAGUCCAGACACAGGAAGAAGACAGAACUGAUUCAGCUUUGUGUAAGCCAAAAUCACAAAAAGCGAAAUCAAAGAAGGAUGCUGUGUAUGAAAAUUUCCCCAAAAAACGAUGA